CAAACUCUAUUUGUGUGUGAGAGCUUGUAUCGUUGACAAUGGCGGGAGCUGCUGCUGCUUCAUCGAAGAAGAAGAAGAAGGUCGGAGAAGAUGGCGAGGGAUCGACCAACCCAGAGGCCGCAGAGCGGAAGAGGCUCAGAUCCCUCGCCUUCUCCAACAACAUCCUCUCCCAAACCCAUGCCAAAACCCUUUCACCUCUUUCCCCUUCGAAAAUGGUCGCCAAACACCACGGCAAGGACAUCGUCAAGAGAUCUCAGAGGAAAAACAAGUUCCUCUUCUCCUUCCCCGGCCUCCUCGCCCCCGUCGCCGGCGGGAAGAUCGGCGAGCUCAAGGAUUUAGGCACCAAGAACCCCGUUCUCUAUCUCGAUUUCCCUCAGGGUCGGAUGAAGCUGUUUGGGACUAUUGUGUAUCCUCAGAACAGAUAUUUGACUCUUCAGUUUCCCAGAGGUAAGAGUGUCACCUGUGAGGAUUACUUUGAUAAUAUGAUUGUAUUUUCUGAUGCAUGGUGGAUUGGGAGUGCAGCCGAGAACCCAGAAGAAGCUCGACUUGAUUUUCCCAAGGAACUAAGUGAUGGUCAACAUGCUGAAUAUGAUUUUAAAGGUGGUGCUGGUGGAGGCACAUGUAUUAAUAAGCAAAUUAGUCAUAAAACUGGAAUCACCGAUGUAGAAGAGCAAUCUCCUAGAUCUACGCCUGAAGAUGAUUUAUCUGAGGAUGAAAACAAAGAUUUGAAAGCAACUCCAGUUCGGCAUUCAGCAAGAACUGCUGGAAAAACAUUCAAGUUUGCAGAAGCUUUUUCAGGAGAUGAUUCUACCGCAAGUGAUCCUGAUGAAUAUGAAGAAGAUAAAAAUAUUUUGGCACUGGAUUCAUCAUCCCGGAAUCAUACUACUGGAAAGAAAGAAAAUGUCUGCCCUGCAGUCUUUGACAUUGACAGUGAUGAUGCAAUAGAGGGAACUCAAUCUCCAAUUCAAAAUCGGCAGUCUGCUUCGUCGGAGACAGAGUCUAAGAAGCAGUCUUCAAUUUCGAUUAAGAAGAAUAAAUCCAGGGAGGAUUCAUCUAGUAAUCAUGGCUCACUUGUUCAGACCACCAUAUCUACACUGUUCAAGAAAGUGGAGGAAAAGAGGACACCAAGAAAUCAAAGGAAAGUUCCAUCACCAAAAGUUUCUGAUGAGAAGGCACAACGUAUUGAUUCAAAAAGGAAGAUCAGUCAGGAUGGAGAGAUGAAGAAAAAGGCAAAAUUGGUCAAUGACAAAAAAACAGGGGGGAAAGGCGUGGCAAAGAAAAAGUUGUACGAGAGUGAGGAGGACGAUAUCGAAGAAUUCUCAAGCGCUUCACAGGAUAAUGAUGAAAGUGAUGAAGAGUGGGCUGCCUGAAUCUUAAUGACGUUAAUGACCAAAGAGAUGUACAUGUCAAGAAAGGUGUCACAUCAUGACCAAAUGGUGGCGGUCGGUAAACCGUUGAUUUGGUGUUUGGUUUCAGGUUUCUAAAUUCGGUCAGUCAACCGAAUCGAACAUCCAGUAGGCUUAAAAAUAUAUUUUAGAAAAUAUUGUAAAACAUACAUAUACAUACAAAUAACAUACUUUUAUCUGCUAGGGUUUUCCUCUUGGCCUUUUGGCCUCUUGCCCUCUUCCCCCAUUCGAAAGGAAAAAGCCCCUCCAUCCCAUCUGCUGCUCAUCGUCCUCCGUGGCGCCGCCACUCGUGACCUUGACGGCCCGCUCGUCCUCCCCGUUGCUCUCGUCAUCUUCUCCGUCCCAUAUGCUUAUCAUCCUUCGCUGCUCCGCCCCUCGUCGGCCAACUCGUCCUCCCCGUCGCUCCUCCUUGUCAUCUUCUCUGCCCCGCCAGCCUCCUCUUAUCUCCACCGAUUUGCUCAUCUCACAGCCAUGUAUUUGAAGUUUUUUUCUUUUUUUUCCCACCACAAAUCUGAAAAUCCAUUUAUGGUAUGACGUGAACUGAACAUGAAAUUGUGUUUUAAGAUGCUUAGGAUUUAGGACUCAGGAGCAUAGAAUU